AUGUCAUCAACGCCUUCAACUUUUGCUCGUGCUCAAAUGGCAAUAAGGCCAAAGAUAAAGCCAAAGAGUCCACUUAGAAGACAGAGUGUUACUGUUACAAGUUCACCUACUUCACCAAUUCAUCCAAUAACCACAAUGUUUAACAAAUCUCCUUCCACUUCGUCUUCUCUUUCCGGACAUGGAACUUUGAGCACAAGUACGAGCGCAUCAUCCGAUAUGGACAGACAAUCUCAUCCUGCUACUGCUGCGACAGUCAAAGUUGGAGAAUUGGAACUAUCUCUACCUCUACUUGCCACAAGCGGCGUAGGAAUCUUUGUUGGUGCUCUUUUGCUAAGGGCAAUCUACACAUUUAGUACGUCCAUCGUUCGUUUGUUCGUAAUGGUGAUCGCUGUUUGGGCAUUCUUGACGUUCAGUCAAUUGAACGAUCGACAGAAGGAACGUCAACAGAGAAAGAAGAUAAUGGAAGAAAGAACAACAGCAACGGGAGGAAUAAAUUUGACACAAGCCGAUUUCGAAAAGUAUGGAAUAGGAGUGAAACAUUCAACUCCAACAAAUAACGGAGGUGGUGUAGGAUAUGCGAGCGGAUAUGGACAUGCAAGAUAUCCUACCGCAAACGCAACUCUGCAAUCUCAUUCCUCCUACGCUUCUGAUGGAAAGACGAGGAACUUGUUGAGCCCUCAUCAACGAUUUGCAAAUCAUAGUACCUAA